AUGCUUCAAUAUCUCUAUAAUGCUUUAUCAGUAAUGCAAGACCAAUACUUCUCCCUCUGGCUCGGGAAAUGGACAACAGCAAUAGAUUGGACCGCCGCGGUUGUAGGCACCGAUCUCGCCGCAACAUUAUCCUCAUUGUCGCGCUCGCUUUCCUACACCGUGCUAGGCACUUUCGAUAAGACGCAGAAGCUCGACGUCAAAGCUCAGAUGGUCGAAAGCGAGAUCAACAAGUACUUCGGGCAUCUUAUAACAUACUAUUUCGGACAAGACUACUUCUCGAUUCGGAUGCAGGCCUACGAUGACAUGUUGUGGGUGGUGCUGGGAUGGCUGGAGGCGAUUCAACUUAUCAAGACGCACUCUGAGAGACAUUAUCCAGAUAAUGGGAACGAGAGAGGAGCCUGGCAUGCGCAGCAAUUUAUACCCGCUUUUGCACACCGCGCGCGCGUGUUCUAUGAGCUGGCUGAGGAAGGAUGGGAUUGGGUACUUUGUGGUGGAGGAAUGAUUUGGAAUCCGCUACUUUUACCUUACAAAAACGCUAUCACGAACCAGCUCUACAUUUCCGCAAGCAUCAGCAUGUAUCUCCAUUUCCCAGGGGACGACAACUGCUCGCCAUUUAUGGGCGCCGCGGAAAGACAUCAACCGGGUUGGAACCUCUUCCGCGCAGAAGAACAAGGCUCCACGUUCGCAUGUUCAGAGUCAGAUCGGAAACCCAAGUACGACCCAAUGUAUUUGACCAACGCGAUAAAUGGCUACAACUGGCUCGCAAACAGUGGCAUGCUCAACGCCCAAGGCCUCUACACAGACGGCUUCCACAUCAGCGGGUAUGCACAGAACCACAGCAAGACUGAGUGUGACGAGCGCAAUGAAAUGGUCUACACAUACAACCAAGGCGUCAUCCUCUCUGGCCUGCGCGGCCUCUGGGAAGCAACCGGCAGGAUCUCUUACCUCAACGACGGAUACGAGCUUGUGGGCAAUGUGAUACGCUCUACAGGUUGGACAGAUGUCGACUUUUCAUCCGUAACUUUCACAGAUCACCAAGAUCCAUCCCCUUCCCCAACACACCCGAAUGAGGCUUCGCAAACUACAGAUAGAGGAACUCUCGGCGCCAACGGCGUCCUCACCGAGCUCUGCGAUCCGAUGGGCACAUGCAGCCAAGACAGCCAAACCUUCAAAGGCAUAUUCUUUCAUCAUCUAACCGCUUUCUGCGCGCCGCUUCCCACAUUUCCCGCUCGACGGGGCAAAACUCACUAUGCUAGCCACGAUACAUAUGAUCUGCAUCGGAAAUCCUGUGACGCGUAUGCGCCGUGGGUAAUUCGUAAUGCGCAAUCUGCGCUGGGGACGCGCGACGAGAAUGGGAAGUUCGGGGCAUGGUGGGGCGCCGGAAAUAGAGAACGACAGGAUGAGGUGGAUGAGGUGCUGCCUAGGGAUGCUCUAGAUUAUAGGAAUGAUCCGGAGUUACUUCUAACAGGGAACUUCAGCUCCAUGCUGGAUGAGGGAAUUCAAGAGUUGGUAGAGAAGCGAAGCUGGAUUGAUGGUGGAGAUCCCAACGAAAGGGGCCGAGGCCGGACGGUCGAGACCCAGGGCGGAGGCGUAGCAGUUGUUAGGGCGAUGUGGGAGUUUUUGCGACAGAGUGGUGGGUACGAUGAUGAGCUACAGUAG